UCUCCGCCCUCCAGGAAACAGCAGCUCUCGAGAUGGUGUCUUCAAAUUUGUUUGUAGUGGUGGUGUUGGCUGUGGUGGCGGCAGUGGUGGCUGACCCUGUCUAUCCUGAACCUUGCUACCCCAAGACUCAUUAUGUCACCCAGUACCAAACUGAAGUUCAGCAGGUACCAGUGUACAAGACGGUGUACAAACAGCAGAUCAUCCCUACCACUCUCUACCACACACAGUACCAGACUGAGUACCAGACUGACUACCAGACCCAGUACGUCCCUCAGUAUGUGACCCAGACCGUCUACAAGACCCAAGUCCAGUACGUAACUCAGUACCAGACCGUAUACAAGACCCAGUACCAGACCCAUUACGUCACCAAGGCCGAGUACAUUCCUGAAUACAUUACCAAAACCCAAUACCAAACCCAGUACGUUACCCAGGUCCAGUACCAGACAGUGUACAAGACUGAGUACAAACCCCAGUACGUGACCAAGACUCAGGUGCUGUACCAGACCCAGUACCAGACCAAGGUGGUCCCUGAGUACCACACUGUCGUCAAGACCCAGCACACCUACAAGACCGUGUGUCCCAAGCCUGCCUACGGCUACGGUUACGACUACUGAAGACAACAGAUUUCCUCUUGAGAACAUCCCCGUACCUCUCCCCCAUUGGUACCUGGUACCUAUUUUUUUUCAUUCGAACCCCCUACAUAUUUACAACACCUGUGUAUUAUAAUGUAUAAUAAAUCCGAGUGUAAGGCUAA